AUGCUUCAGAUGUUUCGUAGGACAGCUACACCAAUGCUCUCGACAGCUUCGAAGCUUCUGGCGCCUCGCUCUUUGAUUCAAAUGAGUGCUAUCAGGGCGUUUCAUAAUACGGCUACUGCUCGUGAAAAGAGUGUUGAAACCUCGAAGCAGCUGGAUGUGGGUCCUCUGAAGCUUUCCAACGAACUUUAUGCCAUCUUCAGAGUGCACAAUCGUCCGUACCUGGUCACCAAAGGCGAUAAAGUGAUCCUUCCCUUCAAACUAAAGCAGGCCGAUGUAGGCGACACACUUAACCUCACCGACGUGAUAACGCUAGGAUCUCGAAACUACAAGCUGGUAGACUACCCAAUUGACCACUCGCUGUACACUUUGAAAGCUACGGUGUUGGAGAAGACCAAGAGGGCAUUUGAAGUGAGAGAAGUCACCAAAAGGAGAAACAGGAAGGUACGCCACGCCAAGAGUAAAGGAGACUUGACAGUAAUAAGGAUCUCCGAGCUGAAGGUGAAUUGA